AUGAUUACAACCAACAGCCUGUCGAUCGUGCGGCUUUCGCCAGUGUCUCCUGCCCUGUCAGUGAGUCCCAUAGAUUUGUCCAAGUUCAGCGAGUCGGAACUGGGACUAUUUCUAUGUCAGCGAAUGGAGCUGGUGUGGCACGGAGAGUUUGACCGCCUGUUUGCCCAGUACUUCCCUCACGUCUGGUACCUGGUGCCCACAUUAUCCCAGCCCACUGGCAGAUGGCGGGUCUUCAAGGACAGUGCCAAGGUCAGGUUCUCAUGCCUGAAGUGUGGCCACGGUUGGACGUCGAUGAAAGGGCGAGUCAUCUUCUGGUUCCACUUGAACUACCACAUAAACUGCGGCUACGUCAUGUUCAAGCUGUACGGACAACAAUGCCAGCGAUGUCAGAGCCAGGGAUACCAACACGCCAUGUGGUAUCCUGAGGAGGUCAUCAAGGUAGUGGGCAAUGUCUACAACCGAGUGGGCCAAGUGUUCUAUGGAUUUGUGCGACCGCUGCUGAGGAUUGAUCGUCGACAGGGCAAGCCGCGAAAUCAGCACAACUCUGAUCUGUGCCAGGCCUGCAAGGAGGGUCUGUGUAAGGAGGAGUGGACGUUUUCUUGA